GUUCCGCUUUUGAACAACUCUAGUUUUUUUUAUUGGGCUAUGUUUUAAAAACAUAUGCGGAAACGAAAAUCAAUACACGGCCAGCGAGAAGCAGUACGAACCGAUCGGUAGGGAUAUCAGGAUACGGAUACGGAUAUAGCAACGUCGACAGCAACACAAACAGCGACUGCACUACCAGCAGCAGCAGUAGCAGCAGCCGUAGCAGCAGCAGCAGCAGCGGAGCCACAAUGGUGUGUUCUGUGUCAGUGUGUGUGUGUGUUUUGUAUCGUGUUGUCUGAUUUCUCGGACGGAUUUGGAUUUCGUUUGCGUUUGCGUUGGUCAUUAAAAGACGUCCUCAUCGGCCGUAACAUCGCCGUCUCACCGUCUUGCACAAUCCCUUUUUUUUAUCACAAAAAAAAGAAAAAAACCAACAACAGUAACAACAAGAGCGGAUCAUCAUCGUAUUAUAAUAACAAAGACGUUUGGAUCUGGAUCUUGGGGGCGGAAGGCGCCAUUCGUCGUCGAUGUCGCCGUAUGUGAACCUUUGAUGUCACCGCCUGCCACACAUCGUUUCGCUUCCAACCCAAGGAUAUCACACGAAAAGGAUACGGAGUUGGAGCAGAAGACCCAUCAGGAGCAAUAGCCAUGCUCCCCAUUAGCGAGGAGCAGGGCCAAAAGUUGGACCAGCAACUGCAGGACCUUCAGGAGCCGGCCAACGGUCUGGAUGACACGGACGUGGGCAAUGGCAGCCUGUGGACGGCCCUCUACGACUACGAUGCCCAGGGCGAGGACGAGCUCAACCUCAGGCGCGGCCAGAUAGUCAUCGUACUGUCCACCGAUAGCGAGGUGUCCGGCGAUGUCGGCUGGUGGACGGGCAAGAUCGGCGAUAAGGUGGGUGUAUUUCCCAAGGACUUUGUCACCGACCAGGAUCCACUCCAGCUGAACGUACCCUCGGCCAUCGGUGACAUCCAGCCGCAUGAGAUCGACUACGAGGAGCUGGACAUCAAGGAGGUGAUCGGCUCGGGGGGCUUCUGUAAAGUGCAUCGCGGCUUCUACGAUGGCGAGGAGGUGGCCAUCAAGAUAGCCCACCAAACGGGCGAGGAUGACAUGCAACGGAUGCGCGACAAUGUCCUCCAGGAGGCGAAACUCUUCUGGGCCCUCAAGCACAAGAACAUCGCCGCCCUGCGCGGUGUCUGCCUCAAGACGAAGCUCUGCCUGGUGAUGGAAUACGCCCGUGGUGGCAGCUUGAAUCGCAUACUGGCCGGCAAGAUCCCACCCGAUGUCCUUGUCAACUGGGCGAUCCAAAUAGCACGCGGCAUGAACUAUCUGCACAAUGAGGCGCCCAUGUCGAUCAUACACCGUGACCUCAAGUCCUCCAAUGUGCUCAUCUACGAGGCCAUCGAGGACAAUCAUCUGCAGCAGAAGACGCUGAAGAUCACGGACUUUGGCCUCGCCAGGGAGAUGUACAACACGCAGCGGAUGAGUGCGGCGGGCACGUAUGCCUGGAUGCCGCCCGAGGUGAUCAGUGUCAGCACGUACUCCAAAUCAUCGGAUGUUUGGAGCUAUGGUGUGCUGCUCUGGGAACUGAUUACCGGCGAGACGCCCUACAAGGGAUUCGAUCCCCUGUCCGUGGCCUAUGGCGUGGCUGUCAAUACGCUGACGCUGCCGAUACCAAAAACCUGCCCCGAAACCUGGGGAGCUCUCAUGAAGAGCUGCUGGCAAACGGAUCCACACAAGCGACCUGGUUUCAAGGAGAUACUCAAGCAACUGGAGAGCAUCGCUCACUCCAAGUUCACGCUGACGCCGCAAGAGUCCUUCCACUACAUGCAGGAGUGCUGGAAGAAGGAGAUCGCCGAGGUGCUGCACGAUCUGCGCGAAAAAGAAAAGCGUUUCCAAACCAUCGAAGAGGAAUUGCGCAACAAGGAGGAACAGCUGCUGAGGGUGCAAAACGAGCAGCGCGAGAAGGCGACUCUCCUGAAGAUCCAGGAGCAAAAUCUGCGGGAACGCGAAAUGGAACUGAUCGAAAGGGAGUUGGUGAUGAUGCAGCCAGUGCCCUCAAAGCGAAAACCCAAAAAGGUCAAAAAGCAUAAACCUCCUUUACAAAUAUCCCUGCCCACGGGCUUCCGGCACACCAUUACGGCCGUACGCGACAAGGCGGAGCAGCCCGGAUCGCCCUCCCUCUCUGGACUGCGCAUUGUGGCACUAACCGAUGGGCACAAGGGCAAGACCUGGGGCCCCUCGACGAUGCACCAGCGUGAGAGAUCCCUGCUCCCCAAUCAGCUGGGCGGCAGCCAGUUGCCCGAGUGGCCAGCCCAGAGUUCCACCCACUCCAGCUUCAGUAAGAGUGCUCCCAAUCUGGACAAGAAGCAGCAACAACAAUUGCAACAACAACAACAACAGCAGCAACAACAACAACUAACGCCGCCAGCAAAUUUGGGAGCAUUGUGUGGUGGUGUCGUUGCCGCUGUGGUUGGUGGAGCCGGUACAGGUAUACCAUAUUUUCUAACGGGACAAUCCAUCCACCACUUGACCAACAACAACAACAACAACAACCACAUCACCAACAACUCAAUCAACAACUCCACCACCACCACCACCACAACCUCCUCCUCCAACAACAACAACAACAACAUAAGUCACUCCGCCAACAACAACAACAAUCAACAAAAUAAUAUUAUUAAUCAUAACAAUAAUCAGAAUAAUAAUAAUAAUAAUAAUAAUAGUAAUCAGAAUAAUAGCUACAAUAAUAGUAACAAUAACAACCUCAGCCAAACUAACUCGAACGCAUCACUAGCCAAUGGAAUGAACUCCAACAGCAGCCAGAACAAGCUCUAUCAUCGGGCGCGGAGCCAGGAAUACGGUCUCGAUCAUCAUCAUCCCACGUUAACGAUCUCCGACGAUAGCUCGGAAACGGAUACGGUCACCGGGCCAAUGGGCUGUUUCCCCUUUCUCAAGCCCAGUGGCGGGAAUCAUUUGUCGUCCGGAUCCUCGGGUGUGCCCCGAUUCGGUGGCAGUCUGGGCAAUAGUCCGGCCGUGGGCCGUAAGAAGCACUCGCUGGACAGCAAUAGCAGCUGCAGCACCACCACCAACUGCCAGAGCAAUAUGGUUGGAGGGAAUCCGGGUGGCAACCAGCAGCUACUGUAUCCGCCGCCCUCCAUCAGCCUGGCCCUGACACCCGCCUACCAGCUGCCCCAGCGAUCCUCGGACGACAACAAUACGUACGAUCAUGCCUUCUACCGGGACGUGGUGAAGAAGAUCCACGCCAGCGGCAAGCGGGUCAACUCCAAGUCGAGCGGGGAUCUCACCAUGUACAGCUCUAGCACGAGGCUGACGAUGGCGCGGGACUACGAGGAUGCGGAGGAGGCCUUCGAGGGCGGUGGACGCUUCCAUCGGAACGCCUCGGGCUCACAGUUUCCGCGGCACUGUUUCUUCACGCGGCAGGAAGGUGAACCAUUGGAUGUGGGCCAAGAGCUGGACGACGAGGACGAGGAUGAGGACGAAGGAGAAGCCUCAACGACGGAGAAGGAGCCUCAGCAAGUGCGCCAAAACUCCACCACCUCGCGCAAGAGCUCGGUGACCUUUCAGAGUGUCAGCUUCGAGGAGCCGAACACCUCCAUUAGCUUCGCCACCUACCGCUCCACCUCUCCGUCGCUGUCAUCCUCCUCGCACUCGGCCUCCACGUCCGCCUCGUCGGGACCCACGGGCGUAGAUGCCCUGAACGGCGUCGGCGGCUAUCACAUACAGGAGAACUCGAUCCUGACCAACCGGCGAAUGCUGGACGUCCAACCGCAUCCGGAUGUGAUCCGAAUGAAGGAGAACCUGCUGGCCGAGGAGCAGCGCCAGCACACCAAAAACCAAAAGAAGCAACGCCCCAAGCAGAUCACCAAGUCCAAGUCCGUGGAGACGCCCAACGAACCGAAUCACUCGCACCAUCAUCACUACCAUCAUCCGCAUCAUCAUCGGUCCACCAGCAAGAUCCAGUCCCUCCUGAAUCUCUUCACGCGCUCCCACAAGAAGAAGAACUACAGCAAGCUGGCGGAGCACAAUAUGGCGGGCAUGGGUGUGUCCGGUGCGGAUUUCGUGGCCAUAGAUCCCUACCAGACGGAUCAUGGAUCGAUGAAGCGGAAGAGCAAGAAGAAGCAGACGCAGUCCUGCGAGCAAUUGGAGAGGUGUUAGAUCGUGUUUGAACUUGUUACAUCAUGUUAGAUCUUGUCAGAUCAUGUUGAAACUUGUUAGAUCAUGUUGAAACUUGUUAGAUCUUGUCAGAUCAUGCUCGAACUUGUUAGAUCACGUCAGAUCAUGUUGAAACUUUUUAGAUCUUGUCAGAUCAUGCUCGAACUUGUUUAAUCACUUCAGAUCAUGUUAGAUCCUGCUUAGCUGCUGUUGGAGUUGGCCCAUUGUUUUAUAUUAAAACCCUAAACUAAGCAAAGUUACAGACAGCAGCCAAGGACCCCACAAGGACUUCCCAACGAAGGACAAACCAAUCUAACAAAAAAGAAACUACAAUUGAAAACGUUUUUUUAACCGAAUUGUUCCUAACGAAUGCAAUAAUUUACCAGAUAAUUGCCCAAUUAGUCCAGUGAUUUGGUCCUGAAGCAAAAUAUAUAUAUGGAGAUAUAUACAAAUCGACGAUAAACUAACAAAAACUUUUACCCAAAAAAUGUGCAUGAGUAGCCUAAGUGGCUAAAUAAAACCAUAAAUAUUCAACUAAACCAUAUAAAGAAAUAUGUAAAAGUUGAAAAAUAAAACCAUAUCUUUUAAGAUUAUAGUGUUUGAGACUCGCCUCCGGACAUUAUUAAAAUAUAAAAUUUAUAUCUUAGUUGAACUAA